AUGGUGUGGCUCUCACUCAUUCUGUGGUUGGCGGCUUCGCAAUUCUGUUCGGUUCAUCCCUCGGCACUGGCCGCAUGGAACUGUCCCAGCAGCUCAGCCCCGGGAAGUGGGAACUCCCGCGUGGGUCCUGUCCCCUUCUUAAUUUUCUCCCACGGAAAUAGUAUCUACAGAAUUGACCCAGAAGGAACCAAUUAUGAAAAACUGGUGCCUGAUGCUGGUGUUUCACCCAUCCUGGAUUUUCACUACAAGGAGGAAAGACUCUAUUGGGUCAAUUUAGAACGUCAGCUGUUGCAAAGGGCUUUCCUGAACGGCACUGGGCAAGAGACACUAUGUGCUGUACAGGAAUAUGUCUCAGGAAUGGCAAUAAAUUGGAUAAAUGAAGAAAUUAUUUGGUCAAAUCAACAGAAAGGAAUCAUCACAGUGACAGAUAUGAAGGGAAACAAUUCUCGAGUCCUCUUACGCUCUUUAAAAUACCCUGCAAAUAUAGCAGUUGAUCCAAUAGAAAGGUUCCUGUUUUGGUCUGCGGAGAAGGUGGGCAGCAUUCACCGGGCAGAUCUCCGUGGCAUGGGAGUGAAGACGCUGAUCCAAGGGGCAGGGAAAAUAGCUGCCAUGUCUCUGGAUGUGGCUGAGAAGCGGCUCUUCUGGAGCCAGGAGCUGAGGGGAGGAGACGGCGCUCACGUUUGUUCCUGCAGUUAUGAUGGACGUUCCACACAGUGCAACAAACAACUCCUGCGGAAUGCUUUGUUCUCUAUGUCGCCUUUUGGUGAUCGCAUCUUCUAUUCAACGAGGGACAAGAAGACAGUUUGCAUCGCUAGCAAGCACACGGGGAAGGAGAUGGUUCAUAUUAGCCUUCCGCUGCCACUUCUGCCACUUAAAAGAAUAAAAGUGGUGCACCCGGGUGUCCAGCCCAUGGCAGAGGGUGCCACAUGGGGAUCCGCUCAGAGGCACUGCAAGCUGAAGAGAGGCAGAGGUGGAGAAUGCACCUAUGGUCAGGAGCCCGCACCCCCUCUGUGCCCAUGUGCUCAGGGCUUCAGGCUCAGCCAAGAUGGAAAGUCCUGUGAAGAUGUCAACGAGUGUGCCCUCCAGAACCAUGGCUGCACGCUGGGCUGCGAGAACACGCCCGGGUCCUACUACUGCACGUGUCCUGAGGGGUUCGUGCUGCUGCCCGACGGGAAACAGUGUCAGAGCUUUGUGUCCUGCCCCUGCAGCGACCUGGGCUGCAGCCACAACUGUGUCCUCACAUCCCAAGGCCCCACGUGCUUCUGUCCCGAGGGCUCUGUGCUCCAGGCAGACGGAAGAACUUGUUCUGGCUGCUCGUCACCUGACAAUGGCGGGUGCAGCCACCUCUGCCUCCCACACGGCCCUGGCUCCUGGCGAUGCGGCUGCUUUCCCGGCUACGACCUCCACCAGGAUGGAAAGCGCUGCGUGGCCUCAGGCCCGCCACCGUUUUUGCUGUUUGCCAAUUCUCAAGACAUUCGCUACAUGCGUUUUGAUGGAACUGCCUACAGCCGCGUGCUUGCUCAGCAGAAGGGCACCAUCUGGGCCCUGGACUACGACCCGGUGGAAAACAAGAUAUACUUCGCCCACAGCACCCUGGGCGGGAUUGAAAGGGCCAACCUGGACGGGUCCUGGCGAGAGAGGCUCAUCGAGGGAGACAUGGGGGUGCCCGAGGGCCUCGCAGUGGACUGGCUGGGCCGGAAGCUCUACUGGACAGACAGAGAGAAAUCCCGCAUCGAACGGAGCGAUUUAAAUGGGAGCCAGCGCGAGACCAUCCUGAAGACAGGUGUCACCCAACCCCUGGGAAUCGCUGUGCACCCGUUGGCCAAGCGAUUAUUCUGGACCGACACAGGGACUCAGCCCCAAAUUAAAAGUUCUUCCCUCCAAGGCACAGACCCACUGGUGGUCGCCAGCUCCGGUCUGGUCCGGCCCAGCGGCAUAGUCAUUGACUACUUAGCGGACACACUGUACUGGUGUGACACGGAGCGUGCUGUGAUCGAAAUGGCCAAUCUGGAUGGUUCCAAUCGCCGAACACUUGUCCAGAACGAUGUAGGACGCCCGUUUGCCAUGGCCGUGUUCGAGGACGUUCUGUGGGUGUCAGACUGGGCGCGACCCUCACUCAGCAGGAUGGACAAGAGGACGGGAGGCCAGCGGGUGUGGCUGCGGGCCGGCAUGCAGAAACCCUCGGCCCUGGCCGUGGUGCACCCACUGGCAAAGCCAGGAGCCAACCCCUGUGUCCAGUCCAAGAGCCACUGUGAGCAGCUUUGCAGAGAGGGGUUUGGAGCUGCCCAGUACUUGUGCCCCGAAGGUUUGGAGAGAACCCCAGAUGGUAAUGACACAAAUUUAGGUCCCUCAGUGAUGCCCUCAGAUGCCCCACCCAGCGGAAGCCUUGAAGCUGACGUGACGGUGACGGGGUCUCAGCCUUUGCCCGUGGUGGAAAUCACCCUGUCAGGGCAGGGGGACUGCGGCCCCCAGGGAUGCGGGCCCAACGCGCAGUGCAAGUUCCUGGGAGAGAAUGCCACAUGCCGGUGUCUGGAGGGAUUUACUGAGGAUGGCAAACUCUGCGUGGAUCUUGACGAGUGCCAGCGGGGCACACACACCUGUGGGGAGAACGCCACCUGCGCCAACACGGAAGGGAGCUACCGCUGCCUGCACGCACCCGGCCAGAGCUGUCCCGGCGUGACCCCACCAUCCCAUGCCGGGAAGGAAGGCCAGCUUGCGGUGCGGACAUUUCAUGAGGACUGCCCGCCCCUGUACGACGGCUACUGCCUGCAUGGGGGCCAGUGCAUGUACUUCAAGAUACUUGAGAGCGUCGCGUGCAGGUGCCUCGUGGGCUACACCGGGCCAAGGUGCGAGUUCCUGAACCUGGUGGACCUGCGCAGCGUCCGGCCUUGGCAGCCGGGGAGCGGCACAGUGGCCGCCGCCUGCCUGGGGGCGCUGGUCCUGCUGCUGCUGGCACUGCUGGGGCUGCUGCACUGCCACAGGGCUCGGAGGCGACACUUGAACGCGCCUAAGGACCCCACCGCAGCAUCUGGAAGCGGAAAAGCCCCUGUGGGGGUGCCCCCCGGUCCCCAGCCCUGGUUUGUGGUUCUGAAGGAACACCAGGACGGAAGCAGCCAGGGCCACCCAGACCCCCUCAAGGACAGGGCAGAUGCUGAUGGCCCCAGGGCACACGCUGGCCAGCUCUCCCGGCCUGAGCCAGGGCCUGUACCACUGACCGUGUGCAGGAUGCCGCUGCCGACACAAGCAGAGAGCACAGAGCCUGGAGUUCGCCUCGCACCCUCUCUGCAGCCGGACCCCGGCUCCGCUCCCCAGGCCCCCGCAAAGGACUCCUAACUGCCUGACUCCGGGCACCCUGACCCUGGGGGUUGCCCAUCUCCUUCUCCCCCAUCGAUGUACCCUCUCUGGCAGCGAACACGGAGCGCACGGGCAUGAAAGCAGGGCUGGCAAGGACAGGGAUGAGUAUGCCUGCAGGGGAGGCGCUUGUCCUGCCCAGGCUCGACCCCGUUGGAUCCCUGGCACCCUGUGUGCUUCCCCCAGGCCCCUCUAGGAAUGAUUCCUCAGCAUGGAGCCAGGAAUAAGCUCUGGACACAGCCAGCCUGUGGUCCCAUAACCAACACAAAUGAAAGCCAUGGGCUGGGAAGAGCGUCCGGGGUAAGGCACUCGCCUCUGCCAUCCCGGCAGCAGAGGGGCCCCCAAGCGCCCCCCACAGUCAGCCUGGACACAAAAAGCAAAAACAGCCAGGUGGAGAAUGAGCAGCAGCUAGGAGAGGACCCACCCAGAUGCUGCCUCCACGGUCCUGGCCGCAGAGGGGGUCCUGUCCCCUGCCCCAGGGGCACUCAUGUGCCAUUGCGCCUGCUGCUCCCUCCAAAGUGCUCUCCCCACAGAUUCGAUGCGAGACCAACCCCGCAGACCUGCUCAGGGGCUUUAGGAGCCAAAGUGGGGAGCCGCCCUUUGUGAUCUGUGCUUCUGUGCUAUCUCCACAAGUCCAUAGAGAGAACGCGCCCCCCUCCUAACCCCACCCCCCGUCCCCACUGCAGCCCCAGAGGAAAUCUGGGCUCACUGCAGGCAGUCACACUGAUUGGGACAAUUUUCUGUCCUUUAUUUGGACAGAACAUUGAGUUCAACCUCAGGGAAUGGUUGGAACAUUAAAAUCACAGUGAUGAUUCAUUCACAUGGCCUUAUCGAGUGCACCGGCAGCCAUGCAGAAGGGAUCAGGGCAAAUGAGUGACAAGUGUGCUCGCGCAGAGCCUGGCUCCUUCAGAACCCUGUGCUCUGUUUGCUCUCAUGUGGAAGCCCCUGAGCGCGGGCCGGGGAGAGAGGUAGUACAGCAAGGGAGGCACGGGUGUGCCGCCGACCCGGCACCAGGAGGGACUCCUGAGCACAGAGCCAUGAGUAAGCCCCGGGCACCCGCUGGUGUGGCCCCAAGUCCUCCCCGCAAAUCUUUGGAGGAAGGGGCGGAGAUGUGACUCAGAGGUCCUGGAUUUGGUCCCCAGCACCAGCCUAUGAAGAAUGAAAUCUUUGAAUGAAAACAUUUCUUUCUUUCUGGUUUUUUUGUUUGUUGUUUUGUUUUUGUUUUUGUUUUUGUUUUUGUUUUUGUUUUAAUUUGGUCUUCUUUUACUCUGGGCCACACUCACCCAGCAGCGUUCUUGGGAUAGUUCCGUAUGGUGCUUAGACAGCACUGCAGGAAGGACAGGGAACCAGGAGGUGCCAGGGCGGGGCUCAGGCCCCGCACGCAAAGCCUGUGCCCCCCCGAGCACGUGGACAGGCCCCAAUUUCUAAACUAUGACCCGAGACUCCGGGGUUUUGCUGCCAUUUCUUUCCUUUCCCUGUUGGAUUUCCCAGUGAUCAUGUAAAUUCCCUCUUGUGUGUUUGCACAGAACCUUCACGUAUUUCCAGAUAUGAGAAUGUCAAUAGCAUGCCAGAUUUAUUUUCCGUAUGGAGAGCAAUCAGUUUCUUCUAAUUAUUGAAAUAAAACCUCCAUGAG